UUUUUACCAAACCCAAGCAUCCUCAUGUGACUACCAUCCGAAAAGUAAGAAUGAGAUUAGGGUUUAAAUUUGCCUCAAAAUCAAACACUUUGUUCACUCUCUCUUCACUGCCCACUUUUCCCUCUUCCGUUCCCUACUUCUCUCCAUCCUUCCCUUCAGUUUCCAAAAACUUCACUUUCCCAGGGAAAAAGAAACUAUCUUUGUUUGUGCAAAGGGUCGGAUAUAAGACUGAGACGCAGUUAAGUGAUAAAAUGGAGUCAGGGAGGGAAAUCGAAGAACUUAACAGGAAUCUUUAUGCAGUUAUAGAGCCUUAUAGCACAGGUUUUCUCAAGGUUUCUGAUGUUCACACAAUAUACUGGGAGCAAUCAGGAAACCCAGAUGGUUAUCCAGUUGUGUUUCUUCAUGGUGGACCUGGUGGAGGAACAUCCCCAAGUAACCGAAGGUUCUUUGAUCCUGAAUUUUAUAGGAUCGUUUUAUUUGAUCAGCGUGGUGCAGGAAAGAGUACUCCCCAUGCUUGCUUGGAAGUGAAUACUACAUGGGAUCUAAUUGAUGACAUUGAAAAGCUGAGAGAACACUUGCAAAUUCCAGAAUGGCAGGUCUUUGGUGGCUCAUGGGGAAGCACACUUGCUCUUGCUUACAGUGAAUCACAUCCUGAGAAGGUUACUGGGCUGGUCCUAAGAGGGAUAUUCCUUUUGCGGAAGAAGGAGAUUGAUUGGUUCUACGAAGGUGGUGCUGCUGCUAUUUACCCCGAUGCUUGGGAACCAUUUAGGGAUCAUAUUCCAGAAAAUGAGAGGGAGAGUUUUGUCAAUGCUUACCACAAGCGACUGAAUUCUGAUGAUUUGGAAAUACAAUAUGCAGCUGCUAGGGCAUGGACCAAAUGGGAAAUGAUGACUGCCCAUCUUCUACCAAAUGAAGAAAACAUUAAGAGAGGGGAUGAUGAUCGAUUUUCACUGGCUUUUGCAAGGAUUGAGAACCAUUACUUUGUGAAUAAAGGAUUCUUUCCUUCAGAUUCGUUCUUGUUGGACAAUGUUGACAAAAUAAGGCAUAUUAGCACUACAAUUGUACAGGGAAGAUAUGAUGUUUGCUGUCCCAUGAUGUCAGCCUGGGAUCUCCACAAAGCAUUUCCAGAGGCAGAUUUUAAGGUUGUUUCAGAUGCUGGACAUUCAGCCAAUGAACCAGGAAUAGCUGCUGAACUUGUGGCUGCAAACGAGAAGCUGAAAAACCUUGCCAAGAAUAAACCUUGAAAUAUGAAAAGCUAGGAGUCAACAAUGCAAUGCCAUGCAG